AAAACUACUAAAUACUUAAAUAUAUAAUUUUUUUUUUUAUCUUUUAUCAAAUAUUUUUACCUUAUUCUAUAUAAUAAAAUAAUUUAAUAUGGGUGGCGCCUCAUCAAAAGAAGAGUUUAUUACAAGUUUUAAUAAACUCCAAAAAGAAACAGUACCAUUUUCGUCCGAUCUUUGGGACAAAAUUUUAUCACAACCAAUUCAAGAUGAAGAUAAUUAUCUUGAAAAUUUUAAAAAAUUAAAAAAUGAAAGACCAGAAAAUUUAGCAAAUUUUAUUAAAAAAUUGGUAAAUCAACUAGUGUUAGUUAAAGGCAUACAAAGAGAAAAAAAUACACAAGGUGAUUUCCAAUUAACAUUGAUAUCUCUAUCAUACUUAUCAAGAAUAAUACCCAUUAUAUUCGAAGGAGGUGACGACUUUUCUGAUAGAUUGUUUUGGUAUAAUCAAGAGAUUGAACCUUUAUCACACCCAACUGCAACUAUUUCAACAUCACCGGUAGUAACUACAAAUAUUGUACAGGAUAAUGAAAAUCAAAAUGAUCCAAAAGAUAGCGAAAAAAAAGAAGGGGAACAACAACCAAAAGAAGAAAAAACAGAAGAAAAAAAAGAAAUAAAUGAACCAAAAAAAAUCAAUAAUAAUGAAAACAGUGAAAUUUUAUUAGACGAAACACCUUUAGCAAUUAAAUUAAUGGAUAGCCUUUUAGACCUUUUAUUCUUCCCUGGAUUUACUGUAUCAGAAUCUUUAGGUUUAAAGAGUCCAAAAGAAACAUCACCAGAUUCAAUUCCACCAUUAUACAGUUGGGUUGCAGGUUUUGGUAUUGACAAUGUACCUACUGUUUCCAAUAAACAAAUGUGGCUUAAUCGUCUAUCAGUUUUACAGUGUCUAAUUUCUUGUCUAUCUGAACAACUUUAUGUCCCACAAGAAAAUGUCUCCAGCUUCAAAAGCAAAUGGUUAGAUUGGUUCACAAACACCCAAGACUAUUAUACUGAAACAUUACUUUUCUCUCUCAUCAACACUUUUUCAACAUAUGACCCUAUCGGAUGGGGUAUCCCAUAUAAUCAUCUUAUGUAUGCUGAUGACCACGAAGCAUGUUCAAAACUUUCUUUACAAAUUUUAAAUAUUCUCCUAACCUAUGACCCAUAUACAAUCGAUGACCAUUUACUAACCUCAAACAAACAAACACCCUCAUCAUCAAGCAAAGCAAACGAAUUACCACAACAUGAAUGCAAAAAUAGAUUUAUAAUCUAUAUCAAAACUUUAAAAAGAGUAAGAGAUUUCAAAUUCUUUUUUAAUGCUUUUGAAAGAAUUAUGAAUUUACCAAUCAUUGCAAGCCACACCAAACUACCAAACUCAACUAAAAAAAUAGAACUUCAUCAAGAUUUACUUAUUACCUUUUGGAGAUUUAUCUCACAUAAUCAUGAUUUCUUAAAAUCAAUUGUUAAUUAUGAAACCUCACCAGAAUUUAUAGUACCAAUAUUACAAUAUAUGGAUGAAGGAAGAAAAAGUCAAACAACACACGGUAUUGUACAAAUUGGUACAUUUAUUUUACUAGUACUAAGUGGAGAAAGAGAUUUCUCAAUCUCUUUGAAUAAACCAUUCAACUCAAAGGUCUAUAUUGACAUUGUACAGCCUCAAGUUUAUUCAGACUUUGUAAUUAUGGUCUUGUAUAGAUUAUUAGUUGACACACCAGAUCGUCUUGAAAGUAUUUAUGAAUGUGUUUUAACAAUUCUUACCAACCUAUCACCAUAUAUGAAAAACCUAUCAAUGGUAACAUGUGUCAAAUUAAUGAAGCUUUUCGAAUAUUUAUCUGGUCCUAGAUUCUUAUUUUCAAAUAGCCAUAACUAUAGAUAUGUUGGUUUUUUAUUAGAGUCUUUAAAUAAUCUACUUCAACAUCAAUAUGAAAGCAAUACUCGCCUAAUCUAUGCAAUUCUUAGAUGUCAAAACCAAUUCUCAAAAUUAGCAUAUCUAAAGAUUAGUCCAAUUACACCAGUAAAGAAUUUUGUUGGAGGCAAACUUGAUCAAAUAACUCAACCAUCACCUGCAACUACUGCUGAAGAAGCAUUUGGUAAGAUCAAUAAACUUUCAAUAUCUGAACAAGAUCAUCAAGAUGAAUUAAAUAAAAAUAAAACUCAUCAACCACCAACUACUGAACAUCCUCCAAACACUAUUAAUAAUGAUGAAGUCAAUGAUAACAAUAAACAAAAUGAAGAUAAAAAUGAAGAUAAAACAACCACUACCACUACUACAUUAGAUACCACAGAUGAUCAAUCAAAAUUAAAAAACAAUUCUGAAACAAUCCAAAGUGGUAGUGGCACUCCAGUAAUCAAAGCAUUUUCAUCAACCACUCCAUCAGAAUCCUCACCAAACUUAAACAGCUCUGUAGAUAGUAAACAACAAACACCCCAACAAAUUGACUCAUUAUCAUCAUCAAAUGCAUCAACUCCAAAUAAACAAACAAUCAAAACUCCAAUGUAUUCACAAUUUUUACCAACUGAUGAAUGGCUUCAAGAUAUUAAAAAGCAAUUACCAUUAGAUAACAUAUUAAAAGUUAUUACUCAUCUUUCACCCCAAAUCCAAGGUUUAUGUACUGGAUCUGGAUCAGACGAACAGAAAAUUAUGGAUUAUUUAAAAAUGUCAACAAUUGUUGGUAUAUUCCAUAAUCCAGGUCCAAUAAUGACUAGAAAAUAUCAUUCCAAUACAGUCACUAAAUCUUGGUUUAUAGCUUAUAUGUGGUGUAUCAUUUAUUUAGAAAAUCGUGCCCCUCCACUCUUCCUUCAUACCGAUAUAAAAUUAUUUCAAGUUAAACAAUAAUAGUGACUAAUCACAAUUAUUUAAAAAAAAAAAAAAAAAACCAAUAAAUAUUAAAUAAAAUAAAUAUGGCAAUAUCAUAAUGAUUCAUAACCUAAUUUAAAUUUAAAAUUAUUGUUUGAUAAAUAGAUAAUUAGUAAUAAUGCAAGAAUGACUCAAAAAAUAGAAAAAAAAAAAGUCAAUUUUUUUAUUUCUAUUUUUUUUCAAAUUAUAAAAUUCAAUUAAUAUUAUUCUAAUUUUUUUAUAAAAUUCAUAAAAAAAAACUUUAAUUUAUU